AAGCAUCGAUGUAUGAAAUAAACAAGUCCAGGAAAUUGAAAGAAAAUCACGGUGUGUGGUACCGGCCGGAUCCUUUCACCAGGCACAAGGUGAGCCCUGAGUGCGUAUCUGCGGCACGUGAGUACUACACGAAGGACGAGUUGGAAUGCUCGAGACAAAGCCCUAACAGAAAGGAUGUCUUGUCGGUUACGAUCGAUGGAGAAAAAGUAUUAGUAACAAAGCGUUUCAUGACCAGAUCUAUUAGAGAGGCAUUCCGCAUAUACAAAGACGAGCAUCCUGAUUCUGGCAUUGGCCUAUCAAAAUUCUACACCUUGCGACCGCGCUGGGUAAAAUGUUAUCCCCAGCAUGAUGUGUGCGUUUGUGUCAUUUGCACCAACUAUAAACUUUGCCUUGCCGCUCUUGAGAACAUUACUGGCCACAGAAUCAAUUCUGAUGACCUUCACUCCGCAUUCAUUUGCAUUCCGUCAUCAGCACAGUGCCUUUUAGGCGAAUGCAAUCAGUGUCUAAAAGGCGGGUCCCUGGCAGUGGAGGAACUUAAUAUCCCAGAAGAAGAAGAAAUACAGCUAGCGACGUCGGAGGCAGGCGACCUUGUGAAAAAGGUUUUGGAUGCUGAUACUUUUUUGAAUCAUCUUCGGGUUCUAGUGGCAAAGUGGAUCGUGCACAUCCACACCAGGAAGACACAAGGCAAAGCUAUCUACGAGGAAAAGCAAUGUACACAGCGUGGGAGCAUUGUAUUCCACUUCGAUUUUGCCGAAAACUGGACUGUCGUGCUUCCUGACGAAGUUCAGGCAUACCACUGGAAAAAGCAGCAAGUAUCCGUGUUUACAUGCAUGGUAACAACGAAAAAAUCUACGGAGAGUUUCGCUAUUGUUAGUGACGACUUGAACCACGACUCCGCUCACGCCUGCUUGGCUCUAAAGAAAGCGACAGAAUGGGUGGACGAUAACCUGCCGGUGUACUCCAAGGUGACGUAUGUGAGUGAUGGAGCCGCCAGUCAUUUCAAAAAUAGAUACCGCCUUUACGAGUUCGGAAAGAGCGAUUGUCCCAAUACCCAAUGGAUAUUCUCAGCAACUGGACACGGGAAAAACGCGUGCGACGGAGUUGGAGGACUCGUCAAGUAUCAAGCAAUGUUCAACAACUUGAGAACAAGCCCUGAAAGUGCAAUUCGGGCAGCCAGAGACUUUGUAACAAUUUUAACAGAAAAACUGAAAGGUGUGCAUCUAAUACAUCUUGAAGAAAAAGAAGUUGCUGCCAUCCGCGACUUAAAGAAGGAUGAGUGGAUGAAAGUGCCCGCCUUCCAUGGCAUUCAGUCUUGGCAUGCCUGGCAGCUAUCCAGGUCAACGGAAGCAUCUCCUGAAUUGUACGUGGCACGCAUAGCCGGGUCUGCAUGGAAGAAACUAUGUCUACAGGAAUGA